AGCUCGAAUCGAAAAUCAAUGGCGAACGACCAAGAGAUGAGUGGUUGGACUGAUCUUCUCCAUUCUUCGUCGAAGCUUCUUGAGCAAGCUGCUCCUUCUUCUCAGUUUCCUCCUCUUCAGAGAAAUUUAGAUCAAUUGGAAGCGUUAUCGAAGAAGCUCAAGGCUAAAACCCUAAGGAACGAAGCUCCUUCUCAGUCUAUUGCCGCCACUAGACUACUCGCACGGGAGGGAAUCAAUGCAGAGCAACUAGCUCGUGAUCUUAAAUCUUUUGAGCUCAAGACAACAUUUGAGGAUGUGUUCCCUGCUGAAGCGACGAGCGUUGAAGAAUACCUGCAACAGGUUCAUGAAAUGGCUAUGGUAUCAGCUAUACAGGAAGCCCAAAAGGAUAAUGUUCGAAGCUUUAAUGACUACAUGAUGAAAGUGCUGGAGGAGGAUUGGAGAAAAGAAAAACGUGACUUCCUUCAGAGCCUCAGCAGAAUAUCAAUGCUACCUAAAACAAAUAUGAUUGAUACAAGCAGAGAGGCUCAUGCUGGUCAACUAGUGCCGGUGGCUUCGAGUCCUCGAGUAUCCUCAACACCAGGCAAAGAACUCGUGGCUCUGGCUAACAUACCCAUUCAUGAGAAAAAAGCAUAUGUCUAUGGAGAGGUUGUGAAGAAACUUAACUCUUCAAGAGAACGAGGAUUGCCAUUUAGACCUGCUAUGUGUUUUAAGGAAGCUUAUGAUACUCUUGGUGCUGAGGUUACUCGUGGAAAAUCAGUCAACAUGCAGAAAAUAUGGCAGCUUGUUCAGGCAAUAACAGGUGAAGAUUCAGCAGUUCGACAGGGUGUUUCAAAGAGGAUGGCCCUCGCGAUAGGUGCAAGACAUCAUUUACAACAUGGGCAUGAGAAAUUUAUAAUGGACACAAUUCAAAGUCACCCUACCCAGGCUGCUCUUGGUGGAUCUGUUGGAAAUUUGCAAAGAAUUCGUGCUUUCCUUCGGAUUCGUUUGAGAGACUAUGGAGUUUUAGAUUUUGAUUCAACUGAUGCUCGUAGGCAGCCUCCUGUUGAUACUACUUGGCAACAGAUAUAUUUUUGCUUGCGAACUGGGUAUUAUGAGGAGGCUAGGGAAAUCGCUCGGUCAACGCGGUCAUCUCAGCAAUUUGCACCACUGCUUACCGAGUGGAUUACCACAGAUGGUAUGGUGGCUGCAGAGUCUGCAGCUAUUGCAUCAGAAGAAUGUGAGAAAAUGCUAAGGAUGGGUGAUCGGUUGGGUCGAACCGCUUAUGACAAGAAAAAACUCCUACUCUACACUAUCAUUUCUGGUUCCCGUAGGCAAGUUGAGCGCAUACUGAGGGAUCUAUCUACACUCUUUAACACAAUUGAAGAUUUCUUAUGGUUCAAAUUGUCAUGCAUAAGAGACGUCACUGGUGGAUCUUCAUCUGUGGUCCUGAAUGAUGGCCUUGCGCCUUACAGUUUGGAUGAUCUUCAGGCUUAUCUCAAUAAAUUCGAGCCUUCAUACUACACGAAGAAUGGAAAAGACCCCUUAGUAUAUCCAUAUGUUUUGCUUCUCAGCAUUCAGUUGCUACCGGCUAUCAUGCACUUAUCUAAAGAAGCAGGAGACGGAGGGUAUAAUAUUGAUGCUAUUCACCUAGCUAUUUCUUUGGUGGACCAUUCCGUUUUAUCUGAAGGCUCUGGGACUGGCCACAAACUAAGUGUGAUGGAUUCUAACGCUGAGGCAUCUAGCAUGAUUAGGCAAUAUGGGUCAAUGUUCCUGCAUCACGGAGAUCUCCAAAUGACGGUAGAGUAUUAUGCACAAGCUGCUGCUGCUGUAGGUGGGGGACAAUUAGCUUGGUCUGGAAGAAGUAAUGUGGAUCAACAGAGGCAGAGAAACUUAAUGCUGAAGCAGCUACUAACUGAGAUUCUGCUUCGAGAAAGAGGUAUUUACUUUUUGCUUGGAGCAAGAGGUUCUGGUGAAGAAGGUCAGCUUGGAAGAUUUUUCCCUGAUUCUAGAUUGAGACAACAGUUCUUGGUCGAAGCUGCACAUCAAUGUCAAGAAGCUGGAUUAUAUGACAAAUCCAUAGAGAUACAGAAGAGGGUGGGUGCAUUUGCGGCUGCCUUGGAGACUAUAAACAAGUGUCUAUCUGAAGCCAUCUGUUCUCUUGCCCGUGGAAGGUUGGAUGGUGAAAGCAGAACAUCAGGGCUUAUUCUCGCAGGGAACGAUAUUCUUGAGACUUACAAAUAUUACCCUGAAGUCAGUCUCCAGGAAAGAGAGCGAGUGAUGGAACAAGAAACCAUACUAAGAGAGCUUGAGGCAAUACUAUCGAUCCACAAGUUGGGUAGAUUAGGCAAUCAUCUGGAUGCUUUAAGGGAAAUUGCAAAACUUCCUUUCCUUCAUCUUGAUCCAAGAGUGCCCGAUGCAACCGCUGAUGUGUUCCAGAGCGCAUCUCCUUACUUCCAGACUUGUGUCCCGGACCUGCUCAAAGUUGCUCUAACGUGUCUAGACAAUGUACCUGACACUGAUGGGUCAAUCCGUGCCAUGAGAUCCAAGAUUGCUGGGUUUCUUGCAAGCAACACGCACAGGAACUGGCCUCGUGACUUGUACGAGAAGGUGGCUCGAAGCUUUUGAAUAUUUUUGGGCUUAUUAUCGUCCAAGUUCUCAAAUCUCGACCGUGAUUCUGUUGACUUUUUGACGAGGAUCCGAAGCUUUCAUCUCUUGCGUAUAAAAUGGGAUACAUUAAUCUAGGUGACAUUUGUUUUAUCCAAAACAUGUAAUAUUGCAGAGAGAUUGUUUUUAUAGAAUUUGUUGUUUUUGUGUGAGUUAUGUAGUGGAUUUUGAUAAGAAAUUGUUAUUUGUUUU